ACACCUACUUGUGUGAAAAGGCACCGCUGAUUUCACAACAUUAGCUGGCCAGUUAGCCAAGUUUGUUCCAGAGCUACCGCUGCAGCGUUAGCGGUUAUGCGCCUUAUAACUUAUUGCACAGAAUUAGCUAGCUAGCUAACCGGAAAGCCAUUUGGAAUAGAAAACAGAGACAAGUAUAGUUUAGUAUAGAAACCAGUUAGCUAGAUAUUCAAUUUUGCAAAUAUGUCUGGAAGUCCAAAAUUUGUAAGUCCCUUUCACAGACCCUACUGUAUAGCAGCCGCUGCACCGGCAGGCAAAGCAAAGCUGACUCAUCCUGGCAAAGCGAUUUUAGCAGGUGGGAUCGCGGGAGGCAUCGAGAUCUGCAUCACCUUCCCCACGGAGUACGUGAAGACCCAGCUGCAGCUGGACGAGAGGGCCAACCCGCCACGCUACAGAGGCAUCGGGGACUGUGUGAAGCAGACUGUGCAGGGUCAUGGUGUGGGUGGGCUGUACAGAGGCCUCAGCUCACUGCUCUAUGGCUCCAUUCCCAAAGCCGCUGUUCGGUUUGGCAUGUUUGAGUUCCUUAGCAACAAGAUGCGGGACGAGUCGGGGAAGCUGGACAGCACGCAAGGGCUGAUCUGUGGGCUGGGGGCGGGCGUGGCCGAGGCUGUCCUGGUGGUCUGCCCCAUGGAGACCGUGAAGGUGAAGUUUAUCCAUGACCAGACCUCUGGGAACCCCAAGUACAGGGGCUUCUUCCACGGAGUGAGAGAGAUCGUCAGAACCCAAGGCCUGCGGGGGACGUAUCAGGGGCUGACAGCGACGGUGCUGAAGCAGGGCUCCAACCAGGCCAUCCGCUUCUUCGUGAUGACCUCACUCAGGAACUGGUACAAAGGGGAUAACCCGAACAAGGCCAUUAACCCGCUGAUAACAGGGCUGUUCGGUGCCAUCGCUGGGGCUGCCAGCGUGUUCGGGAACACCCCCCUGGAUGUGAUUAAGACCCGGAUGCAGGGUCUGGAAGCUCACAAAUACAAAAGCACCGUCGACUGCGCGGUAAAGAUCAUGAAGCACGAGGGACCAACUGCAUUCUACAAGGGCACAGUGCCACGUUUGGGCCGGGUGUGCUUGGACGUCGCCAUAGUGUUUAUAAUCUACGACGAGGUGGUGAAAGUUCUGAACAAGGUCUGGAAGACUGAGUGAGGAGGAUGGCUACGUGAUUGGCUAAGGCCAGAAAAUGACCCUGUGACAUCACUCUGGGAAUUAAAGGGGUGGGGAAAAAAUGUUUGCCAAAGUCACUGGUUUUGUAUCCAUUAACAGAUAUUAAUGCUUUUUCUAUGUGUUAAUACGCCUUAUUUUAAAAUAUGACAUUUCUAUGAAUGUGAAAUAUAGGGGCUUAUUUCAGCUGAAAUGGACGUUCCGUUUUCCCUUUGCUGACCUCAUAAGAUGUAAGUAACUCAGUUCUGUAAAUGGACUGUUAGUCCUUUUCACAGUCCAGACAGAUAUUUUGUGCAACUUGUCACCUGACAAUAAUACCAAAAUGUCAUGUGAAGUAGGUUUCCUUACUGCACAAAAAGCCCUACAUCUAUCAACAGUUUCUUCGUAAGCUUCAAUUGUUUGCUUGCUACGAGAACACAAAUGCCAAAAAAAUCUUUUGAAAAUUUAUUUUUCUUAAUUUUUUUUGUUGCUGCUGCUGUUUUGACUGCCCAUGUGGAUGCAAACAUUUCCAGUUUUUUUCCCCCGAAAACAAAUUUAUUUACUUUUUGCAGUAACAUUUUACUUUGCACUCUUUGGCUCCCUCCUACCUCAGUACUUCAGAACGCCUUAACACAUUAAAUACCCCAACACACUGCCCUUCACAUGCCUUAACACACUGAAUACCCCCAACACACUGCCCUUCAGAACGCCUUAACACAUUAAACACCCCAACACACUGCCCUUCACACACCUUAACACACUGAAUACCCCCAACACACUGCCCUUCAGAACGCCUUAACACAUUAAAUACCAAACACAAUGCCCUUCAGAACGCCUUAACACAUUAAAUACCCCAACAUAAUGUCCUUCAGAACGCCUAACACAUUACAUACCCCAACACAAUGUCCUUCAGAACGCCUAACACAUUAUAUACCCCAACACAAUGUCCUUCAGACCGCCUAACACAUUAUAUACCCCAACACAAUGUACCCCAACGUGCCGAUUUAAGCAGCUCAGUUUAUUUUGUUCCCCUCUUCCAUUGUGAGCAGGUCAGUGCAGUUGUACUAUAACUGCUGUAAUGUUCAGCCAUUUGAUGUUGUGUUUAUCAUCCAUUUAGCCAAAUUUGUUUGACUAAUAUAAUACAUUCAUAUUUUAAUCAACUUUUCAAAAUGGUGUUUAAUGUAUUUACAGAAAUGAAUUCUAUUGCUAUUAAAUAAUUUGUUUUAGACACUACAGACCAGUGCAAAUGCUUACUACAGUUUAGUGAAGAUGUGAAAGAUGCACCUCAUAGUGGGCCUGGUCUGUGUUAGUAAUCUGUUUUAACUACGAGCUUCUGUGCUCUGCAGUAACUCUACUCAUUUUAAUAACUGCCUUUGCCUUCAGUGCCUUCAGGUUGGAUUCUGUGUGUUUUUAUUAUCUUGAAAGAUGAAAAUGAUAUUUGUAGGGACAAACGGAGGCCAUGUCAGAAUGUUGUCUUUGCUGGUUGCUGUGGAUCUUACACAGGGCUCCUCCACCUGCCCGCUGUACCCUCAGCCUGCCCGCUGUACCCUCAGCCAGCCCGCUGUACCCUAAGCCUGCCAGCUGUACCCUCCGCCUGCCCGCUGUACCCUCAGCGUGCCCGCUGUACCCUCAGCGUGCCCGCUGUACCCUAAGCCUGCCCGCUGUACCCUCAGCCUCAUGAGCAGCUCUAUGACAGCAUCUCAGUCCUGUUUGACCUGCUCAUGAGCGGCUCUCCCUGUUGCUUUUAUCCCUGGGACCUCCCCUGCCUAACAUCCCUGCGCGACCUUCACGCGCAGACCUCCUGUCGGCCGGCCUGCUGUACUCUGCUCCUCACUGCCUGUACUGGGGCCGUGUCUCUGGGUCAUAAGCUCUGCUCUGUAGAUUACAGUAUGUCCCAGUAGCAGCCUGUGAGCGCCAGUGAGCUGGGAUUUAGGGAGCAGCGUCAUGUGACACGAGCCAUGCUUCAGCCAUGGUUCAGAUUCACACUAAUGGAACACUGGUGAUUUUUUUAUAAUGAAAAGUAAUAUGUAUUUUCCUUCUCAGACAGUUUGGCAGGUUCAGAUUUCACUAAAAGGAAAGCUGCCAGACUGGGACCAUUCGUAUAGUUUUGGCUGAACGCACACCUUCCCCUCUGCUUUAGAUCUGCUAUACUGUCACUGCACCCAACCGCUAUUAAAGCUGGUCAGAGCCACACCUGUCUAAUCUGCAAGUACACGACAAAACAAACUCACUCUUCGCUCUUGCUGAGAAUUCCAUUUUUUAUUUUUUUUUAUUUUUUAUUUUUUUUAAACAGAAUAUUGUGAGACAGAACUGGAAAAAAAUGUAUGCUUCUCGUAAUGUGUUCAUAUUUUUAAAUGAAAACAUUUCUAUGACUGUGAAAUACAGGGGCAGAAACAGCCAGUAUGUCCAGUUUUGUAAUGCUAAAACAAACUGGGUUUGUGAAGAAAAAGCACAACGCUUGCAUUUACUUGCAGGUCGGAGUUGAGGACAGAUACUGCCGUCAUUCUGGCUUCUGACACCCCUGUGCAUGCAGAGUGGUCUGGUUUCCAGGGCAGCCAGUGAGUGACCUGAUUGGUUAAAUUACGGCACUUAUCAUCACUUAUGGCUCCGCCCUAGAACAUUAGCAUUAAGUGCAUAAUGUUGCAAAUCGUUUGUGCAGUUAGGCAUCCCUGUUGUGUGAUACUUUAACAUUAAAGAUGGAAAAAACGCACACAUGUACACCCCAACCUCGGUACCCUCUGCAACGGAAUCGACAUUUAUAUCCACGUACAACCUGAAGGCGAGUCUGUGAAAAACACCACUUUUACGUUGUAUGAAGUAAAAAGGAGAUGGCCUGAUGUGCCUGUGUGUACGAAUGAUAUGGGAGUGUGUGUGUGUGACUCUGCAGGUAUCAUCCUCAGGUGUGGUGCUGUGUCAAAUGCAGUGUGCCUUAAGAUCAUGGUGAAUGUCAAAAAGUAAAAAAUUCUAACUUUGUUCUUAAUCCAAUAAAUUAAGCUGAAACCCUGA